AUGGUUAGCUCUAAACCGUGGAAAUCUCAAGGCGAAUCACUGGGAAGAAGUAGCGGAAUCCGUCGCUGCGAAUUGUCCCGACGCGACGCCGAAGAAAACCGCCGUUCAGUGCCGUCACAAGAUGGAGAAGCUUCGGAAAAGGUACCGUACCGAGAUCCAAAGAGCUAG